UCAGCAGUGUUGGAGCUGGAGCAAGGGCCAACAUGGGCUCCAGCAGGAGUGGGAGCUGCUGAGCUGGAGUCACCUGGACCAUCAUAUCUAGUGAGAAGUCCAUCUCCACCUGUGGCUCUUAAGGAGCGUGAGAAGCUUAAUCUCACGGCCUUCCCUCCUAAGCUGGUGGUGGAGCAGUUGACCGUGAUGGAUGCGGAGUUCGAGAUCCUGAAGAACUUCUCCUCACCCAGCACUGCCAUCUCUGCUCUGCAGAAAACCUCCACAAGCCACCUGAAGAACACAUGGGGGAAGUUUCCCGGAAGCCAGGACCCCGCUGCUCCUUCUAUCUUCACCACAUCUCCAAGGGGCUGCAGCCUGCCUGCCCCAGGGAUGUGCAUGGCAGAGGAUUCCCAUGGCCCAGGUGGACAAACAGGCUGCUCAUCCUUAGGUGGCAGAUGUGUGUGCAUUCUGGGACUCCCCCCUGGACCCCUAGUGCAGUCACUUGAGUGAACCACAGGAGUCUAACCUGAGUGCCUGGUUGGCAAUGACAUAUGCCCCCGGUGGCUUAUGAGAAGCAUCUAGGCAACUGAUGGAUUCUUAGUGGAUCCUGCUG